UAACCAGCUGGAUUGACGUGGAGGACGCGUCAAAUUAAUCUGAACAAACUUCAGACUCAGGGACAGACAAAUUUGCCAUUAUCGGAUAAAGAUCACCCAGGGCCCCUUUGUCCAAACCCUUUCCUUUUAAAGCACUCCUGUAGAGGGGGAAGCGAGACGCAGAACGGGGACCGAGCGUGAGGCUUUGAACUGAUUUCGUUUCUCCCGUCUCCUCUGCAAACGGGAGAAACAGCUCUUUUCAGCCAUUGAAGCGCAACUAUUUCAAAGACGGAAUCCCGAGCCAGAGGCAAAUGGAUCAAACGUACGGAGAGGUAAAUCAGUUAGGGGGCGUAUUUGUUAAUGGAAGACCCCUACCCAACGCUGUACGAAUCAGAAUUGUGGAACUAGCCCAGCUUGGAAUCCGACCAUGUGACAUCAGCAGACAGCUCCGCGUUUCGCACGGAUGCGUGAGCAAGAUUCUGGCUCGGUACAACGAGACUGGGUCCAUAUUACCCGGGGCCAUCGGAGGAAGCAAACCCCGGGUCACGACACCCAACGUGGUUAAAAACAUACGGGAUUACAAACAAGGUGACCCGGGAAUCUUCGCCUGGGAGAUCCGGGACAGGCUUCUCGCAGACGGAGUUUGUGACAAAUACAACGUUCCCUCGGUCAGCUCAAUAAGUCGCAUUCUGAGGAACAAGAUCGGAAAUCUCUCCCAGCCGAACCAGUACGAGAGCAGCAAGCAACCCCCGCCUCAGCACGCGCUGUCGUACAAUCACAUGUACCCGUACUCAUACCCCAACACAAUGUCGCCCACCGGGACCAAAAUGGGCAGCCCUGCCGGAGUCCCCGUCACGGCGGGCCAUGUAAGCAUUUCGAGGGCCUGGCCGUCGGUGCACACGGUCAGCAACAUUUUAGGCAUUAGGGCCUUCAUGGACCCCACAGCCAUUCCCGGAGCCGAAGGAUACCCACCGAAAAUGGAGGACUGGGCUAGCGUUAACCGAACGACUUUCCCAUCAGCCCACGGCGUCAACGGAAUCGACAAAUCCGCUAUUGAUUCAGACAUUAAAUACCCGCAGCAUUCGUCAAAUAUCUCCAGUUACGUUCCAGCUUGCGCCUAUUCCCCUUCCAACCAGUACGGAGUUUACAGUGGGCCGGCAGGCAGCUACGUGACCCCGGGACAUCACUGGCAGGCUCAGACCACGAGUCUGUCCCACCCAAGUAGCGGCGUGACUAUGCACGGGGGAGACAUCCAUUCUGCCAUGGCCUUCAAGCACCCAGCGCGGGACGGAGACAGAAAGCCCCCCAGCCCCCUGAGUAAGCAGCAGCAGGAGGCGCUGAGCGGCGCGCACGGACUCUCUCUCCCCACCUCAGCGUCGUAACACCGCAGCGCAGGAGGAACUCAAACACGCCAUUUACAAAAGAAACCAAAUUUAGUUGAGCGCAUUUCAAGAAUUCAAAACAGUAAGUGAAAGCACUAUAUUUAUAAAUUACCAGUCAAAGUGUUAACUACAUUUCCCCCAAUAUUGUUUAGUCGCAUGUGCAUAUAAAGUUGCUUUCCUAGAAACAAUUCGUCUGGAAACAAAUGAAUGUUGUCCGUGAGCAACGAUGCUGGUUGCUGGUAGCUUGGUCACCUUAUCAUUUUUGUACACCUUCACAUCUGUAAACCCCGCACAACCUAAAUUCAAUAAAGAUAAUGCUGAACAUUAUCUCAAGGUCAACAACAACUACAGCCUGUGUCCACUCCCAGUCGAACCUUGAUUCAGAAACCUGUCAUCGUUUAUUUCUGGCUUGUACAAGUGAAAGAAGACAGAAAAUGUUAAAGAUGUGAAAAAAAAGUCA